GUGGGAGCGGUGUUCUUGCACCGAACAUGAGUUGUGCAUGUAACCGCACUAUGUCCUACGGUGAAGAAUGUGAAAAGGCAUGCAAGUGCUUGAACCAAGGUGAGUGUGAUGACAAAGGUGAAUGCAGCUGCCCUAGGGGAUUCACCGGCCACCAUUGCCAACUCGUUGUGUGCGAGGAACCCUGGGUGAAAAAGAGCAAAGUGUGUGAAUGUCAACCGGGACUAGAUGGACCCAACUGCACAGAAGCAUGUAAUUGCUUGAAUGAGGGUCAGUGCACUGACGAUGGCAGUUGCAACUGCCGGAACGGUUUCCAUGGAGACAAGUGUCAGCAUACUUUCAAGACAAAGUGCCUGGGUACAGAUAACGCAACGUACACCUGGAUGGCUCUCGCCAGCUUGCCGUGUCAUUCACACCUCGACGAUGACAGCUGCCAGAAGAAAACGAACUUGAUGCAUGCCCGCCAGAUGUGCACAAGAAGAGGAUACAACGUGGUAGACCAUGAUUCCUUCACCAAUCAGACGCUUGGCGUGCGCGACUGCAUGGGAGCAUUGCUCAACGAGAUGGUGACGAGCGGUUACAGCAACCCUACUUCAAUAUGGACAUCUUUCGAGAAGGAUGACCAACAUCUCAUAUACCAGCAGGGCAAGAACAGUUUGACUAAAGAAUUGUAUGAUAGUGAUGGAACAAGCCAUCAUGAUGUCAUCUGCGAAGCCAAGUGGCUCCAUUACAAUGACUCGGUAUACGCCGCAGCCACGCCAUCACUGAAACCCAACGUGACUGAGCAGUUUGCAGAGGAGGCAUGUCAGGAGUACGGACUUCACCUCAUAACCUAUGACUGGCUGCAAGCACAUGGCCAUGUAUUAAGAGAGCGCUGGCUAGAUAGAUUGGCUCUUCGGCACGCACCUUACCACGUCAAACCAAUCCGAGUGAAUGGCAACUCCCAUUACAUAACUGUAACGUUUAGAAAUCGCAGUAAUCCAUUUCAAAAUUCCACAAUCAAUCGCCACGCCAACAUCCUCUGUGUCAAGCACUGUGCUAAUGGCGUUCUGGCCCAGGACCUGAGUUGCAAGUGCAACCGCACUGUCUUCUAUGGAGAAUACUGUGAAAAGGACGACUGCAAGUGCUUGAACCAGGGUCAGUGUGACAACGAGGGUAAAUGCAUCUGCCCGACAAGAUUCUACGGAGAACAUUGCCAACUCGAGUGCAGAACAUGUCUGAACCAGGGUCGCUGUAAUGAAGACGGCACCUGCACCUGCGCUGAAGGAUGGAUUGGUGACCGGUGCCAGACUCGGUGUGCGGACACGGACCCAUGCUGCGUGAACAAGCGCAUCGUGACACGCCGGGAUCAGGUCUGCCGCGCCGCCACCAGCGACUGUGACGUGGCGGAGUACUGCGACGGCGAGAAUGCCACAUGUCCACAGGACCUGACCGCACGCAACGGCUGGCCUUGCUCCAAUAGUCAAGCAUCCUGCUGGAGUGGAGUUUGCCAAUCACGAACUGGCCAGUGUCAGAGUGUCUGGAACGAUAUGGAUCAAGGGUCAGCUCCUGAGGAUUGCUUCGCGAUCAUGAACGUUUUUGGAGAACGUACGGGUAACUGUGGUUUCAAAUCGUCCAAUUCCACCCCAGGAACCUAUGCAGCCUGUGCGGCUGGAGAUGCCCUAUGUGGUAGUUUGUUCUGCCUUCCAGUUGCUCGAAAGAACCAACCCAGUAGUGGCGUUCUGUCCCAAACUAUUCCCGUACGCGGUGUUGGCGGUGUACUCAGGUGCAAUGGUUUGUACGCGUCCCCGCCAAGAAACCACGAUGACCCAUCGCUCGUGAAGGACGGAACACGCUGUGAUGCCAGCGGCGCUAACAAGGACCUCGUGUGCCACAAGCAACGCUGCGUGGACCAGUCUCGAGUCACCAGUCAGUGUUCGGUCGAUGCUGACAGCGGCAAAGAGUGUGGUGGAGUCGGUGUCUGUACAAAUGUAACAACCUGCCUUUACCAACCCACACCUGAGAGCAACGAGUCCGCCAACACUACCCAGGCUGCUACACCCACGACCAGUUACCCAAUAACCAAACCAACGAGUGACCCAGCCACAACUACUCCAACCGAAGUCGUCUAA